AUGCCUCGCUCUGUUCCACCGAUGAUUUCGGAUUCGCGAAGCGACCCUGAGCCGGACCUGGAACGAACCCCGACCAAUCGCACCGCACCGCCAUCCCCAACUGCCUACCGCCGCACCCAGAGCUACCUCUCCGAACCACACACCGGCUACCAAUCCCUGGAGCCGCCCCUCGAGAUCACAGAGACCACCAGCCUGCUGGGGUCCAGUCAAGGCAGCCGGAGAGUGCCGCGACGCUCCUACACCAGCACCUCUGGCAUCGCCGGCCCGGACUCGCUACGCCAUCUCCUGGCCGCAGGGAGUCUCCGCCGAGCCAACCACAGCCGCACGAGCUCGCAGGGCCAACGAUUCAGUCGGCGGGAAAGCUUUGGAGAGGAAAGCAGGACGCCCAGUGCUCCCCCGUCCACGAAAGAUGGUUUGACGGCUUCGUCGUUUCUGGAUGAGCGCACGUGGUAUGACCAGUUCACCUCCACGGACUGGGUGCAUGACAGUAUCGCCGAUGGCGCGCGUCUGCGUCAGCUCCGACAACGGAAAGACAUCCGGGGCAGACUGCUCUCGGCAUUCGAUGGUGUCCAAGGGUGGAUUCUGGUUGCCUUGAUUGGAUGCAUCACUGCGGCCAUCGCUUACUUUGUGGACGUAACGGAAGAGUUGGUGUUUGACCUGAAAGAAGGGUUCUGCACGAGGCACUGGUUUUCGAGCCGGAAUAACUGCUGCAAAGAUGUGGAAUAUUGUUCGUGGAAGUCAUGGUCCUCCAUCUUUAGACCGGUUGGACCCGAUAAUCAAUGGGUGAACUUUGGCAUGUUCGUUCUAUGGGUGUUGGUGCUUUCCGUCAUAUCCUGUGCCCUCACAUUGCUCACCAAGACUGUCGUGCCCUCUUCGGUGUCGUUGACAACCCUGGAUGAGAAUUUGGGGGCCGAUUCUCGUGGUACCAAGACCGGAGGCGAUCUCACGCAGCUCUCUGGUUCUCCCAUCUCCCAGACGAGUCCGCAUGGAACACUUCCCAACGUUCCGUCGCGGCCCGCCAUGACCUACUACUCUGCGGCGGGGAGUGGAGUGGCCGAAGUGAAAGUGAUCAACAGCGGCUUCGUUCUUCAUGGAUACUUGGGCUGGAAGACCCUCGUUGUCAAGACCGUCGCCUUGAUUUUCAGUGUGGCAUCGGGCCUCAGCCUGGGGAAAGAAGGUCCAUACGUUCACAUUGCCACCUGCGUGGGGAAUAUCUGCUGUCGGUUGUUCGCCAAGUACAACCAAAACGACGGCAAGCGUCGUGAGGUGUUAAGUGCAAGUGCGGCUAGUGGUGUUGCGGUGGCUUUUGGGGCACCGAUUGGCGGCGUCUUGUUCAGUCUGGAGGAAGUCAGCUACUACUUCCCUCCGAAAACACUGUUCCGCACCUUCUUCUGCUGCAUUGCAGCAGCGCUGUCGCUGAAAUUCCUCAACCCCUAUGACACGGGCAAGAUCGUCCUCUUUCAGGUCAGAUACUUGUCUGACUGGGAGAUCUUCGAGAUAUUCCUCUUCAUCUUUCUGGGGGUACUUGGCGGUGCGGUUGGCGCACUGUUCAUCAAAGCCUCGAGUCUCUGGGCCAAAUCUUUCCGUCGAAUUCCCAUCAUCCGGCGGUGGCCCAUGCUGGAAGUGAUUUUGGUGGCGCUGUUGACCGGCCUGGUGAGCUUUUGGAAUCGCUACACCAAACUGUCCGUCACCGAGCUUCUGUUCGAACUGGCCAGUCCCUGUAACGAGGAAGCCGUGGAGAUCACUGGACUGUGUCCUCGCGAAGAAGGCAUUCUCGAAAUCAUCAAGUACCUCCUGGUAGCCUUUGUCAUCAAGAGUCUCCUGACAAUCGUGACCUUUGGCAUCAAGGUUCCUGCCGGAAUCUACGUCCCGUCUAUGGUUGUUGGCGGUCUGAUGGGCCGCAUCAUUGGACAUGUCGUACAGUACCUGGCCCUGCGGCACCCCACCUCCUUCUUAUUCGAAUCGUGUCCUGCCGGCACGGGCACUGAGUCCUGCAUCGUGCCGGGCGUGUACGCCAUGGUCGCUGCGGGUGCGACCAUGUGCGGUGUAACGCGACUCUCCGUCACGCUGGCCGUGAUUCUGUUCGAGCUGACGGGGAGUCUGGAUCAUGUUCUGCCGUUCUCGCUGGCCAUCCUAUGCGCCAAGUGGACGGCGGAUGCUAUUGAGCCGAAGAGCAUAUAUGACUUCCUAACGGAUAUGAACUCCUACCCCUUCCUCGACAGCAAGCUCCAACCCCUCUCGGACGCCGAGCUGGGUGAUAUCGUCCGGCCAGCCCGUCGGAGCCGAAUGAUCGACAUCUCCAACUCGCCAUUCGUGGCUGCGACGGAGCUCCGCUCGAAACUGGAACACCUGCUCAUGGCCGGCGAGCUUGACGGCGGACUUCCGAUCCUGCGUGACGGUGUUCUAGCUGGCUUAAUCCCUGCCCCGGAUUUGGAGUAUGCGCUCGAUACCCUCGGCGAUGACGAAGAGGGUACAAUCUGCUGCAUGGCUAUUGAUGCCACGGCGGCUAUCUAUGAUAGUGAGAAUGAAGAGGAGGCUACCCGGGUGGAUUUCACCAGAUAUAUUGACCCUGCACCUAUUUCCCUUGACAUCCACUCCCCCAUUGACUUGGUCUACCAAUGUUUCACCAAACUGGGGCUGCGCUACCUGUGCGUCCUCCGGGACGGGCAAUAUGCCGGCCUCGUGCAUAAGAAAGCAUUUGUGAAAUUCAUGAAAGAGAAUGAAUAG